AACACGAGACGUCUAAGCAUAACACAGUCAACUCUUCAGUCAAGAAGUCUUUCGCACAGAAGAAACCCCAAAAACCAACCAGCAAAAUGUUCAAACUGAUCGCCCUCGUGUCCGCCCUGUGCGCCGUUGCCAACGCCGGACUGAUCUCGCCCUAUAGCCAUGGCUAUGGACUGGGAUACGGCGCCGCCCUGGCUCCCGCCUACGCCCCGGCCGUGAUCUCGCACGCCCCGAUCAUCAAGAGCUACGCCGCCCCCAUUGUGGCCCACCACCCGGUGGCCACUUCGUACGCCAACACCUACAAGGUGGCCACCAAGGCCUACCCCGUGGUGCACGCCGCUCCCCUGGUGCACGCCGCCCCCCUCAUCCACUCCGCCCCUCUGGUGCACGCCUCCCCGGCCCUGCACACCACCUCCACCUACCACGGCGGCUACGGCAGCUAUGGCGGAUACGGUAGCUACGGCAGUCUGGGAUACGCUGGCCUCGGACACGGCUACGGACACGGAUACCUGCACUAAGGAGUGGCCGCAUCUCACAUCCACGACGACUCUGCGUUGACGACCCUCAUCAUCCGUGCACCCAUCCAUAUCCAUCGAGAGAUUCUGAAGGCGGGACAUUCGCAUUUUGCUGCCGUCAAAGUGUGGAUUUGCAUUUCGUAGAUCAACAAGCUCCGUAUCGAAUCCGAAUUGUGUACAAAUUUCUUAGCACCGCCCCCUUUGAACCGCCCACAAAACUCCGAGCCCAGAGACAGAGACAGAGACAUCUAGAGACCUAAGGGAGCAGGCACCGAGCGAGAGAAAGAGAAGGAGAGAUCAAGUUUCAAUGAUUUUGCUAUUUUCUGUGCAAGUUUCACUGCACUCAAGGCUUCGACACUUUUUUUUUUGAAUAAACGAUAAACAAAACACUUAAAA